AUGUCUCCUCACAACUAUAUUAAAUUACAAGUAUAUAAAGUACUUCAACUUUUACGAAGAAGCAAAUAUGAACCUGCUAAACGGGCCGAUUCUUUUGGACCAAGUUGGGAAUGGCUUGAAAUGAUCCACAUAAACACUUCACUUUAUAACAAGUUAGGAUUAGCUAUUCCCAUUAAGAAAGCUUGGCAAUUACUAUAUAAUUUUGAAAUAAUUCUUGAUAUCGCUAAAGAACUUCUUCAUAAUAGUUCGAAAGCAACUCAAACCUUAUAUACAGCCAAUAAAUAA